AUGUUCUGGAUUCUGUUCCUCGGGUUCUCCUUCCUCUCCUUCCCUCCUCCGGCUCGGCUCAGGAUUCUGCCCCUCAGAGGUUGGUCCAAUGAGGUGGAGGCCGUCGCCCCCAGCUGCGUGGCGUGCCAGGAAGAGCGCUGUCCUCCGGCGCCCCAGCGUUGCCCGGCUGGCAGGGUGAAGGAUCGCUGCGGCUGCUGCUGGGAAUGCGCCAACGUGGAGGGGCAGAUGUGUGACCUCCCCUGGAUGAAGCGCCACUUCGGGACUUGCGGGGCGGAACUGAGGUGCCAAGUGAGAGACGGGCAAAGCGAGGAACCCCACUGCGUCUGCCCCACCCAGGAGAGCGUGUGCGGCACCGACCGCCGGACCUACAAGAACAUCUGCCGCCUGCAGGAGGCCGCCAGGACCAGGCUGAGGACGGAGCUGAGGGUCAAACACACCGGACCCUGCAAGGAAGCCCCCCGUCUCCUCAGCUCCCUGCGGGACACGGCCGCUGUCAUUGGUCAUACAGUGAUUCUGGGCUGUGAGGUGUCGGCACAGCCAAUGGCAGAGCUGGAAUGGAGGAAGCAUGGAAUCGAGGGGCCCCUUCCUGGGGACAGCGGCCACAUCAUCGUCCAGACUCGGGGGGGUCCUCAGAGACAUCAUGUGACUGGCUGGCUGCAGAUACACAACGUACGUCAGCGGGACGCCGGCUCAUAUACCUGUCACGGCCGAAACAUGUAUGGGGAGGUGACCACAUCCGCCCGACUCACCCUCAUCUCACCCGACUCUCCGCUGGCCCCUGAGGUCUCCCGUCACCUUGUUGGCGUCUUUGAUGUGACAGAUGAUGAAGAUGACUUGGGAGAAGGCCCAUCGGGGUCCCAUGAGUGAGGUUCCGUGACACCCGAAGAACUUUCAUCCUGACGUUUUGUUGGCCUGUUUUUUGGAAGUCUUAGGUGGUCCUCUGGCCUUCGAGGAGAUGCAGAAAUCCGGCAGAGCAGAACCACCAAGAAUGAACCCGUUGUGUUCUGUGACAAUAGAUCUGACUGUUGGACAGUCCUGGUGACAAUUCUGCAAUCCUCAGCCAUCUGUACAUCAGAACAGCGUGCAUUGCUGGGAACCCGAAAAUGGUCCUCAGUAGAACCCAAAGUAGACCGGGGACCACCCGUCGUCUUCUGCACCUCCAGUUCUAUUUAAUGUUAUGGUCACUGUGUGACAUUCAAAUGUGCGGACCUUGUCAGACCUACGUUACUGGUUCUGUGCCUGCCCCGACCACGUCCUUAUCCCCCUCUAGAAGAAUUGUAUCCAAUGUAUCAGACUGGAAUCCCAUGUGAUCCUUUCCUGAUCAAGCGCGGUGUCUUCCUGUGUCCGUCCAGCAAGUCAUUUAUGUGUAAAAGUAAAGGAUCUCUCUUCAAAUGAUCAGCUACAAGGAUGAGUUGUGGAAAUCCUCAUUGAUGGACUUUGUGGACUUUGCUAGUGUUCGGUGAGAUGCUUUAUACAUUGUUGGAGUCUUUCUAUGGUGUAUAUCAGGUCCAGGCGAUCACAUUUGUGUUGCUAUUUGUAAUUGAUUUUGUAAAUAAGAAUUUAAUGAAGAGGCGAUCCGGCAUUGUGAAUAAAUAACUCGACUGAACUUGCUGUCCCUUAGAAUUGUAAAUAUAAUUUACUAUAGAAGAGAUUGUAUGUUGGGGGUUGAUGCGACGCCCAUUGCUGUCCCUUAAAUCUGUAAAUAUAAUUUACUAUAGAAAAGAUUGUAUGUUGGGCGUUGCUGCGAAGCCCAUUGCUGUCCCUUAAAUUUGUAAAUUUUGUUUACUAUAGAAGAGAUUGUAUGUUGGGGUGGCUGCGAAGCCCAUUGCUGUCCCUUAAAUCUGUAUAUUUCAUUUACUAUAAUAUACAUUGUGUGUUGGGGUCACUGCAGAGCCCGUUGAUGUUCCUUAAAUCUGUAAAUUCAGUUUAUAAUAGAAGAGAUUGUGUGUUGGGGUCACUGCAGAGCCCGUUGAUGUUCCUUAAAAUUGUAAAUAAAAUUUACUAUAUAAUA